AGUGAAUGUUAUUUCUACGCUUCAAUGGCUGUUCUGCAGACGCACCGAGGAUCUGUAAUCCACGCGUGGAAGAAUGAUUGAUCUCAUGCUGCAUGCACGGUUGUUUUGACUGCAUGUUUGCUUCAGAUGAACACUGCAUUCCUUCUCUAAUGCCGGGAAUUAUUUCCAGCUUUAAUCGAGCUCAAACAAGAUAACCUCUAGCUCCAGGAGACUGCUUGACAGCUCUCAAGUACAUCUAGUUUAUUUUUAUAUAUAUGUGUAUAUAUAUCUAUAUCCUAAAUCACUUACCGCGGAGCAACAUUUAAUCUGUUUGUUCUAAUAAUAAUAAUAAUAUUAAUCAUUGCAAGUUUUAAACGCGUCUCGGACAGCGCGUGCUCUUUAAACUGAAUCCUGAUCGACGCCGCUUCGCUAAACCCCAGAAGCAGAAUCUAGAUUGAACUUUUAUUUUGUUCAACAUUUCAGUCUCCAAUGCACACAGCGGCUGUUUGGGAGUGAAACUCUCCCACACGGAAGUGACUUAACUUACACACGUUAGGCCAGUGAUCGUGUGUGUAUUUCUAAGGUGCAGUUGUAUUAACUUAUUUGCGUCUGUUGCAUUGGUUAUUAAAAUGAUUCCCGACAAGGCUCCAGGCGAGGAUGUGUUACAUGCUUCAGGAGACUUGAAGAAGCAAGCGCACAUCGCCAGCUUUGAGAAAUACAAGGAGCUCUACAUCAGAUCUGUCGAGUCUCCUGAGGAGUUCUGGCGAGAUGUUGCCAAAGAUUUUUUCUGGAAGACAAAAUACACCGGGAAGUUUCUGGACUACAAUUUCGACGUAACCAAGGGUGAAAUUUUCGUGAAAUGCAUGGAAGGAGCCACAACUAACAUCUGCUAUAAUGUUUUAGACCGCAACGUCUAUGAGAGGAAACUGAGUGACAAAGUGGCUUUUUACUGGGAGGGUAAUGAACCUGGAGAUUAUAAGACGGUGACGUACAGAGAACUGCUUCAGCAAGUCUGCAAGUUUGCCAAUGUGCUCAAGUCGCAAGGUGUGAAGAAAGGUGACCGUGUAUCUAUUUACAUGCCCAUGGUGGUGGAGCUGGUGGUGGCCAUGUUGGCCUGCACUCGGAUUGGAGCGGUCCACUCUAUAGUGUUUGCCGGUUUCUCAUCUGAGUCUUUGUGUGAAAGGAUCAUGGACUCUCAAUGCUGUAUUCUUAUAACGGCAGAUGGCUUUUACCGCGGUGAUAAGCUGAUCAGUCUGAAGCUUAUAGCUGACGAGGCACUACAGAAAUGCAGGGACAAGUCUUUCACAGUGGACAAAUGUAUAAUGCUCAAACACCUCACAAGAGAAGAUGAGGUUUCGUCUGGGUCCCUGUCGCCCCCAGCGAAACGCACCUGCCCUGAUCUGCAGCAGGAGAAACAGAAAGAAAGAGUAAGGAAGGUCCGUCCGUCCCCGCAGGUGCCGUGGAAUCCUGAGGUUGAUUUGUGUUGGCACUCUCUGAUUGGUGGAGCAUCAAAGGAGUGUGAGCCUGUCUGGUGUGACUCAGAAGACCCGCUCUUCAUCCUCUACACCAGCGGCUCUACUGGGAAACCUAAGGGUGUGUUGCAUACAGUGAGUGGCUACAUGCUCUACACUGCGUCCACCUUUAAGCUGGUGUUUGAUUAUCACUCUGAUGACGUGUACUGGUGCACUGCGGACAUCGGCUGGAUCACCGGUCACUCAUACAUCACAUAUGGACCGUUGGCCAAUGGUGCGACCAGUGUGUUGUUUGAGGGUCUUCCCAUAUACCCGGAUGUGAGCCGAAUGUGGGAGAUUGUAGAUAAAUAUCAGGUCUCCAAGUUCUACACAGCACCCACGGCCAUCCGGCUCCUGAUGAAGUACGGCAGCGAGCCCGUUCAGAAGUAUAAACGGACCUCGCUGAAGAUUUUGGGGACUGUAGGGGAGCCCAUAAACCCAGAAGCUUGGCAGUGGUACUACAGCGUGGUGGGAGAGAAGAGAUGUCCGGUGGUGGACACUUUCUGGCAGACUGAGACGGGUGGGCAUGUGAUGACCCCUCUACCGGCCGCUACUCCCAUGAAGCCUGGCUCAGCUACAUUUCCCUUUUUUGGGGUUGUACCUGCUAUUCUGAACGAGUCAGGCGAGGAACUUGAAGGACCGAGUGAAGGCUAUCUGGUGUUUAAACAGCCGUGGCCAGGUGUGAUGAGAACUGUGUACGGGAACCACGAAAGGUUCGAAACCACCUACUUCAAGAAAUUCCCUGGGUACUACGUGACUGGAGAUGGCUGUCGAAGAGAUAAGGACGGGUAUUACUGGAUCACCGGAAGGAUAGAUGACAUGUUGAAUGUGUCUGGGCACUUGCUGAGCACUGCAGAGGUGGAGUCGGCUCUGGUGGAGCAUGAAGCUGUGGCUGAGGCAGCGGUUGUGGGGCGGCCACACACUGUUAAAGGCGAGAGUCUCUACUGUUUUGUCACUCUCAAUGACGGAAUCAACUACAACCAAAAGCUGGAGGGGGAGCUUAAAAAGCAAGUGAGAGAGAAGAUCGGUGCCAUAGCUACACCUGACUACAUUCAGAAUGCACCCAGCCUUCCAAAAACCAGAUCAGGUAAGAUUAUGCGUCGUGUCUUGCGGAAGAUCGCGUGUAAUGAGCGGGAUUUGGGUGAUGUGUCUACGUUAGCAGACAGCUCUGUCAUUGAACAGCUGUUUGAGAGCCGCUGCUGUACUGCCGUGUGAGCACCAGGGGCGUCCAUCACCCCGCCACCGUCUGGUCCCGACACCAGCUUCAGCUCUGGAGGGAAGAGGAUGAGUCUGAGCUGUGGAGUUUAAGAUACUGCUAGCGGGCAGACAGAAGGAAAAAAGCUUAGAGAUGUAUAAUUCCUACUGCAAUUCACUGACUUACAGUAAUCUCUUGGAAAACCAAGGUUAUGCAUAGUUUUAACUGCAUUUUUACAGGACCCAAUUGUUUGUUAGAAAACAUCGUUCCUACCAACCACUAAAUUUUAUUUUUAUUAUGUCUGUAAUUUCCAUCUCUUUCUCCAUGUGUCAGUUCAUUAAUCUUUAUAUGACUAUACUAUCCUGCUUUCAAUGUGCCAACGUAACCUCAAAACUAGUUGUUGUUUUGAAAGGUUUCAUUUUAACAUUUAAAGCUACACAUUGCAUAGAACUCUCUAUACAAGCCAAAGCAUGCAUUAAUAUUUACUAGAAUAACAUGGUAUCAUGCAGGUGUCCCCAAUGUUCAAACCUAACUAUGUAUAUUUUAUUCCUGGAACAGUUUGAAACUUUGUGAUAAAAGUUUGUGCGUGAGCUGAUACUAUAUUUCUUUAGGAAAGUUAUGAAAGGGUUAUGAUUGACUGCAUAAAGGCUGUAUGUUCAUUUGAAAAAAGGCACUUAACAGGAGUAAAUUACAUUUCUGACCAUGAUGGUGGUCUUGUUGUAGUCCUGAUACAGUGGGCUUUCCAUUUUAUCCAUUCACAUUUCAAAGUGUUAAUAUCUGUUGUGAAGGAAUCCCCUCAAGAAACUUUUUCAGGAGAAAAGUGAUCAAAUUCCAGCCGUUAUAUGAGUUAAUGUGCUCUCGUGCAUCAGUACUGUAUCUCUAGACUGUAUUUGUUACUAUUAUUAGAUUGAUUUCUUCCAGCUUGGCAUUAACUUGAGUUUGGGAUAUUUCAUAGCUCUUAAUGUAUUAGCUGUUAAUGCUUAUCGCAACCCUGUAAGCAUUCACUAGCCCUAUAUGAUGAGCGACAGAAACUUUGAACUUUAGACUCUUUCAACUUUUUUUUUACCAUUUAUUUUCCUUCUCGCUCAUUUUCUUGUAAUAAUUUGAGCAGACUAAUGUCUCGAACAGAACUGGGUGAAUUAAAGGUUUUUGUUCUA